UCAGCCUGAAUUCUUUCUGACUGUAUGAGGGGUCUAUAUUUAGAGGGGCGGACUUAAAUUGCAGGGGGUUCGUGUUGGUGCUGUGUGUUAUUUCAGCUUCUUACAACUGAGACGGCAAGACGAGAGGAAGUACUGCAUCCUCUUUGAGACCUGCAACCUUUGAGAUGGAACCAACGAGUAUCAAGGAGGACCUGAGGCUCUUUCAGAGCACUCUGCUCCAGGAUGGUUUAAAGGAACUUCUGAAGGAGAACAAGUUUGUGGAUUGUAUUCUGAAGGUUGGAGAUCGGAGUCUUCCCUGCCACAAACUCAUAAUGGCUGCGUGCAGCCCAUACUUCAGAGAGCUGUACUUUACCGAAGACGGUGUUGAGAAGAAAGACUCCAGCAAGGAAGUAGUGCUGGAGAACGUGGAUCCCACCAUUAUGGAUAUGAUUGUGAACUAUCUCUAUUCUGCAGACAUUGAAAUCACAGAUGAAAACGUGCAAGACAUCUUCGCAGUCGCCAACAGGUUUCAGAUCCCAUCUGUUUUCACAGUUUGCGUCAACUAUCUACAAAACAAGCUGUCUUUGGGUAACUGCUUGGCCAUCUUCAGAAUGGGACUGGUUUUGAACUGCCCGAGGCUCGCUGUGGCCGCUAGGGACUUCAUAGCGGAGCGUUUUGAGACUUUGUCCAAGGAUGAGGACUUUCUUGAGUUCAAUGCUCCUGAGCUUUUUGCUAUCAUCGGGUGCGACUCUCUCAACGUAGAAAAAGAAGAGGUCGUGUACGAGCUCUUGAUGAAAUGGGUCCGGAAGAACAAGGAGAACCGGGCGAUAGCUUUGGGAGAUGCCUUCGAACACAUCCGCUUCCGACUUCUACCGGAGAAAUACUUCAAGGAGAAAGUGGAAAAGGACGACAUCAUCAAGGCCGACCCCGAGCUCGUCAAGAAGCUGAAGGUUAUCAAAGAGGCUUUUGCGGGAAAACUUCCACAAAUUAAGGAGGCUGAGAAAGGCGAAGGAGAAGAGGGGGAAAAUGCAUUGCCUGGUUAUCUGAAUGACAACCAACGGUUGGGGAUGUUCGCCAGGGAUCUCCUACUGAUGAUAAAUGACACGGCGGCUGUGGCCUAUGAUGCUAAUGAAAAUGAAUGCUUCCUAGCAGCGUUAGCAGAGCAGAUACCUCGAAACCACGUUAGCAUUACGUCAAAGAAGAACCUGCUGUAUGUUGUGGGAGGGCUGUUUGUGGAUGAGGAAGAUGAGGAAUCACCACUGCAGAGCUAUUUCUAUCAGAUGGACACUCAUUCUCCAAACUGGAUUGCCCUGCCACCAAUGCCAUCGCCCAGGUGUCUGUUCGCCAUGGGGGAGUUUGACAACCUUUUGUUUGCAGUUGCUGGUAAAGACCUGCAGACCAGCGAAUCUCUGGACUCAGUGCUGUGUUAUGAUGUUGAUAAGAUGAAGUGGCUGGAGACCAAAAAACUGCCCUUAAGAAUUCACGGUCACAGUGUGAUCUCACAGAACGGACUAGUUUACUGCAUAGGAGGAAAGACAGAUGAAAAUAAAACCAUCAACAAGAUGUUUGCGUACAACCACAAGAAGUCAGAAUGGAAAGAGCUGGCAGCCAUGAAGACACCCAGGUCCAUGUUUGGAGCAGCCGUCCACAAAGGAAAGAUCAUUGUGGUUGGAGGAGUCAAUGAAGAUGGCCUUUUAGCCUCUUGUGAAGCGUAUGACUUUUCAACAAACAAAUGGGAGGUGUUCCCUGAGUUUGCUCAGGAGAGAAGCUCUGUGAAUGUGGUCAGUGCUGCUGGUGUGUUGUAUGCGGUGGGCGGCUUCACAGUGAAGGAGACUGAUGACAAACAGUGCGUCCCAUCAGAAAUCACAGACAUCUGGCAGUAUGAGGAGGACAAGAAACAGUGGGCUGGAAUGAUACAAGAGAUGCGAUAUGCUGCCGGUGCCUCUUGUGUUUCUAUGAGACUAAAUACAGCAAAGAUGCCUAAACUUUAAAAACAUCAUCACUGUUAUAGAUUGCGUUAAAUAACAAAAUGCAACUAUAUUUUAAUGCACACACACAAAUAUUUAUAGUCAAUAUCAAAUCAAAAUUCACCCUUUUUAUAUUUCAUUUACUGUUUAACUCUUUCCCCUCCAGGGUUCUUUAAAAAGUUGCCAGCCAGCGGCAGCAUUUUUAAACGUUUUCACAAAACUUUCAUGAAACCCAGAAUAUUUUACUGUAUAAAUAUCUUAACCUAGAAUAAUUCUAGCUUCAUGUCUUCUUUAUCAACACUUGAAUGUGGGGAAGUUUCAUACAGCAAAAUUUCACAAUUUUUUUUUUUUUUUAAUAGACUACAUCCAGAUCAGAAUAAAGGGUUAGUUCACCCAAAAAUGAAAAUUCUGUCAUUAAUUACUCACCCUCAAGUCGUUCCACACCCGUAAGACCUUCAUUCAUCUUCAGAACACAAAUUAAGAUGUUUUUGAUAAAAUCCGAUGGCUCAGUGAGGCCUUCAUUGACAGCAAGAUAAUUAACACUUUCAAUGCCCAGAAAGAUACUAAAGACAUAUUUAAAACAGUUCAUGUGACUACAGUGGUUCAACCUUAAUGUUAUGAAGUGACAAGAAUACUUUUUGUGCGCCAAAAAAACAAAAUAACUACUUUAUUCAACAAUAUCUAGUGAUGGGCGAUUUCGAAACACUGCUUCAUGAAUCUUCGAAGCUUUACGAAUCUUUUGUUUGUUUGUAUCAAACUGUCAAAGUCACGUGGACCAUCGAAAUUUCGAAACACUUAUGAUGUAACAAAGCCUUGUUUACUGAAAUCACGUGACUUUGGCAGUUUGAUACACGCUCUGAACCACUGAUUCGAAACAAAAGAUUCGUAAAGCUUCGAAGCUUCAUGAAGCAGUGUUUAGAAAUCGCCCAUCACAAGAUAUUGUUAAAUGAAGUUCAACAUUUCAGUAUUUUUCAGUAUUUGGUUUUUUUGAGCACACAAAAAGUAUUCUCAUCACUUCAUAACAUUAAGGUUGAACCACUGUAGUUACAUGAACUGUUUUAAAUAUGUUUUUAGUAGCUUUCUGGGCAUCUGUCUUGAUGGCAAUAGAGGCCUCACUGAGCCAUCGGAUUUUAAUAAAAAAAUAUCUUAAUUUGUGCUCUGAAGAUGAACAAAGGUCUUACGGGUGUGGAACGACAAAAUUUAAUUUUUGGGCGAACUAACCCUUUAAGAAUGAUAUUCAAAACAUAGUUGGAGUAGAUCAAGUCCAUGUGUAAUGGCGCCCCCUACUAUAUAACAGUGAAAACAUGGAUUGCCAGAAAAAUCCGUCAAUUGCAGGGAAAGAGUUAAUGCACAUUCCCGGUCUUUGUAUGUUUUAAUCAAGAACAUAAUUUCUUUCUCCACCUCUGAACUUUUCUUUUAGGCUGACAUUACAGAUCAUUAAUCCCUCUUCAUUACAGAAGGAAAAUGGUAGCAAAUGAUGUUUCAUGUUGACUAAGCAUAAAAAUGACCACAGAUUUGUAUUAAUGUUGGGUUCUGUUGUGAAAUGUGGUGCAGUUGAGGAAAACAUUUAUACAAUGGAUGUCAAAAUUAAAUUUACUUUUUUUCCAUAUACAUUCUUUUCUUUUAUAUAAAGUGCAUAAUAAAUACACAUUUAAACGCAAA